ACUGCCUCCUGGGAGGCGCGAGCGCCGUUGAUGUUAGCCAUGGAAACGCGAGCGGUCCUGGAGGCCCCCGGUCAGCUGCUGGUGCCGCCACAUCCAUCGUCGGGCGGGAGCUCCCAACCGACCUCCCCAGGGAAGAUGUGGUCCCGGGACGCCCUCGCGUCGCCUUUCCCCUCGGGCGACUCCAGAUACUGCUGAUUAUGAAAAAGAUGUGACUUUCAGACCAAUCGUGAAUGGGAAGUAUGAGUCCAGAUGUUCCUCUACUAAAUGACUACAAACAGGACUUCCUGCUGAAGCGCUUUCCACAGACUGUCCUUGGAGGCCCUCGACUCAAAUUAGGCUAUUGCGCCCCUCCUUACAUAUAUGUUAAUCAGAUUGUGCUCUUCCUGAUGCCAUGGGCCUUAGGUGGAACAGGAACACUUUUGUACCAGCUGGACAUCCUGAGAGACUACUCGGCAGCGGCUCUCUCGGGAGGACUGAUGGUAAUCACCGCAUCUGUCAUCCAGCUCACGGGUUUAUACGCCAAGAACAGGUCUGUGGUGGUCAAAAGGGUGAUAACCAGGGACAUCCUGGCGGAGGAGGACGAGCACGAGUUUACAAGCUGUGCUGGCACUGAGACCGUGAAGUUUCUGAUUCCUGGAAAAAAAUACGUCGCCAAUACAGUUUUUCAUUCUGUUCUUGCUGGGUUGGUGUGUGGUCUUGGAACAUGGUAUCUGCUCCCAAACAGAAUAACCUUGCUGUAUGGCAGCCCUGGGGCGACCGCUGCGCUUUUUGUCUUUGGGUGGAUAACACUUUGCAUAGGAGAAUAUUCACUGAUCGUAAACACGGCCACAGAGACUGCAACAUUUCAGACCCAGGAUACUUAUGAAAUCACUCCUCUCAUGCGACCACUUUACAUUUUUUUCUUUGUUUCGGUGGACCUUGCACACAGGUUUAUUGUCAAUACACCAGCUCUAGAGCAAAUGAAUCAGAUUUUGCACAUCUUGUUUGUGUUACUACCUUUCCUGUGGGCUCUUGGGACUCUGCCGCCCCCUGACGCGCUUUUCUUUUGGACCGUGGAGCAGGUUUUAGAGUUUGGUCUCGGAGGCUCACCCAUGUCAACUCAUCUACGGUUAUUGGUAAUGUUCUUCGUCUCUGCCGGAACGCCCAUUGUGUCCUACUUCAUCCCCAGCACCGUGGGUGUCGUUCUUUUCAUGACUGGACUUGGGUUCUUACUGAGUCUUAAUCUAAGUGACCUGAGUUUGGCCUUCAGGCACAGAAUGGGAAGCAGUCGUGAGGCUUGCCCAGGCAGCUGUGGAUCUGGGUUCGGGAGGAAGGAAUGCCUUCUGGGCGUGGCUAUGCUGGGCGUGGCUAUGCUGGAGGCGGGACUGCUGCAUCACUAUGCUGGCUUCUCACCCAUUUCCGAAAGCAGCGCUCAGUCCAUCCUGGGCUAUGUUUUGAUGGCGCUACUUUCAAUACUGUGGAUACUGAAAGAAACUCAGAGCAUCUACGUCUUUGGAAUUUUCCGAAACCCUUUCUAUCCAAAGGAUGUACAAGCUGUGUCUUUAUUCUUCAAAAAACAAAAGAAGCUCCUGAAGGUUGGGGUUGUCAGAUGGAUCUUGCUAACUCUAGUGUCGCCCUUGGCUAUGGUGGCCUUCCUCGCACUGGACAGCUCCUUACACGAGCUACACUCUGUGUCUGUCUCCGUGGGAUUCAGCAGGGCCUUCAGAACGGUGUGGCAGAACACAGAAAAUGCUUUGCUAGAGGCUGCGAUUGUAUCGGCAGUGCGCGCGGUGUCCGACACAGACUGCUGGUGGAACAGGAGCCUCAAUACGGGAACCAGGCUGCUAUUGAUUGGUAUCAUGCGGGACCGUUUGCUUCAGUUCCUCACUAAAUUGCAGUUUGCAAUGACGGUGCUUCUGGCAUCGUGGACAGAGAAAACACAGCACAGGAGAGCAGCCAGCACUCUGUGUGUCCUCAACACUGUGUUCGCGCCCUUUGUGUUGGCUGUCAUCGUCCUUUCAGCACUGCUGUCUGCUCCUCUGCUGCCCCUCUUCACCCUGCCUGUUUUCUUGGUGGGGUUUCCUCGCCCAGUUCAGAGCUGGCCAGAAGCAGUGGGCAGCACAGCUUGUGUGUGCACAGACACGGUGUUCUACCACCAGAUGAUCCCCAGCUUGACCGCAGCACUGCAGGGUGCAAUGGCAGCGGGAAGUUUGGGUCUCCUCCUCCCUGGCUCUCAUUACUUGGGCCGUUUUGAGGAUCGUCUGAUAUGGAUAAUGGUCCUAGAACGUGGCUAUCCUUACUGCUGUGUUAAUGUGAAGGGCUUAGAAUUGCAGGAAACAUCCUGCCACACUGCUGAAGCCCAGAGAGUGGACGAAGUGUUCGGAAGUGCUUUUCAGCAAGAAGGCCCUCAGAUGUGUUCCGUUAAUGAGCACUUGGGCAAUGUCUUGACCCCGUGUACUGUUCUGCCUGUGAAGCUGUACUCUGAUGCCAGGAGUGUCCUAUCUGGCAUCAUUGAUUCUCAUGAAAACUUGAAGGAAUUCAAAGAUGACCUUGUUAAAGUGCUCGUGUGGGUACUUAUUCAGUACUGUGCUAAAAGGCCCAGCACGCAGGAGAAGAGUCACCAAACUGAAAAGACCAGCAGAGCCUCACCAGUGGUCCUGCCUGCCUUGAACACUUCACCAUGCCCAAAAUCCCUGGAAGACUCAGACAGUUUAAAUUCAGACACUUUCCAUGACUGGUCUGAUGAUAAUAUUUUUGAUGAUGAACCAACUAUCAAAAACAGAAAAGAAGAACUUCAACUUAAAGAUCUAGCAGGUACAAAUUUGCCUAUUCCAGGGUCAGUAGACUCCCAGGGUGCAGAUGCUAAUUCUGCAAGCACAGGUCCCAAAAAUGAUCUUUACAGGACGGUUUUACUGGGCUUCCCUGCUGUCGACAGGGGCCAGCGAGAAGACGUGGCGUACAUCCCUUUCGUGGAGUUCAGUUGUUCGCAGUCGCACUUGCUGAGUUUACCUGAAGAAUGGAGAUCUAACUGUACACCACACUCCAGAAUAAGGGAGGCAAGCCCCUUGUUUCCAGAAGACUGGUAUCAGUUUGUUUUAAGGCAGUUGGAGUGUUUUCACUCAGAAAAGUCAAGUGUGCUGGAAGACAUCGCAAAGGAUAAAGCUCUAAAGGCCUUGUAUGUCCAUACAGUGAUGGCGUGCUAUAUUGGUCUCUUUGGAAUAGACAACGUGGCACCUAGUCCCGGACAGAUAGUAAGAGUCUACAAUGGAGGCUUACCCUGCUCUGGCGCCUUGGAUUGGCUCUCAGAAAAGCCAGAACUGUUCCAGCUAGUUCGGAAAGCAUUCAGGUACACACUGAAACUAAUGGUUGAUAAAGCAAGUUUGGGUCCAAUAGAAGACUUUAAAGAACUGACCAACUAUCUCCGAGAAUACGAGAGGGACUGGUACAUUGGUUUGGUGUCUGAAGAGCAGUGGAAGGAAGCAGUUCUAGGAGAAAAGCCGUGCUUGUUUUCCCUGGGGUAUGAGUCCAGUAUGGGUGUUUACACUGCGAGGGUCCUGGUACUUCAGGAGCUCCCGGUCCACAUCGGGAAGCUGAAUGCUGAGGCUGUUCGAGGUCAGUGGGCCAAUCUUUCAUGGGAACUGCUUUAUGCCACCAACGAUGAUGAGGAGCGCUACAGUAUCCAAGCCCACCCACUCCUUUUGAGGAACCUCACCGUGCAAGCCGCUGACCCUCCCUUGGGAUAUCCAAUUUUCUCUUCAAAACCUCUCCCUAUACAUUUGUGUUAGUCCAUUUUUACAUCGAAAGGCGAGGGCAUCCGAGGAGGCACUAGUUGAACAGAACAAGUCUAAGUUCUGUCACUUCUGUAGACUUCCUUCUUGCCCCAAG